GCGCGCAUCUCAGAGCGCAGCGGGGAGGCACCAUUGACUGGAGCCUAACGACCAUUAUUUCGUCAUCAUUUGUAACCAUGGAGCAUGAAUUACCUCUUGAAGUCAUCAGUGAGGAUUUACGACUGGUCAACAAAGGCACGUGAUUCCCGAACGCUCUCCCAUAUUUGGCCGCAUACCUGGCAAAGUACAGUAGGGCUUCAUUGCUUAUAAUUCAUGAUUGCAUCCAUAAAUCGUGCAAGCACACAGGAUUAUAGCGACAAAGAUCUACAAAUCGAGGCUUUAAAAAUCCAAGCAAAUGAGCUCUUACUUUGUAAACUCGUUCUCAGGGCGCUAUCCAAAUGGCUCCGACUAUCAGUUACUAAAUUAUGGGACUAACGGCGCUGUGAGCGGUUCCUUCAGAGACCCUGGCACCAUGCACUCCGGGUCUUUCGGCUACAACUACAAUGGCAUGGACCUAACUGUGAACCGCACCAACACCGGCGGCCACUUCGGGGCCGUGCGGGAGGAUGCCCGGGGAUUCGGUCCGGACGCGCGCUACAGACAGACCCCAAACUGCUCGCUCUCAUCCCCAGAUUCGGUGCCGCCUUCGUGCGCCACGGCCAGCCGGGAGCCGCUGGAACUGAAAAGCCCCUCGCCUCCCUCCGACCGGAGCACCACCUCAGGUGCUCUCAGCAAAGCCACCGGCGCGCAUUUCACGGAGAUAGAGGACGCCUCCGUCGCCGCGGAGAGCGAAGAAGGCGCGCACGGCAGCGGCGGCUCCGGAUCCCGGGCGCAGCAGCAACAGCAGCCGCAGCAGCAGCACCAGGAACCCAACGCCACCUCCUCCACUCCCACAGCAAACGAUUGCCAAACGCCACAAAUAUUUCCCUGGAUGCGGAAACUGCACAUAAGCCAUGAUAUGACUGGACCUGAUGGGAAAAGGGCCCGAACUGCGUACACCCGCUACCAGACGCUAGAGCUGGAGAAAGAGUUUCACUUCAAUAGGUACCUAACCAGACGGCGGAGGAUAGAGAUAGCCCACGCCCUGUGUCUUUCGGAAAGACAGAUCAAAAUCUGGUUUCAGAACCGCAGGAUGAAGUGGAAGAAGGACAAUAAACUGAAAAGCAUGAGUCUUGUAACAGGAGGCAGCGCCUUCCACAACUAAACAACUUUCUGGGGAGAGUAAAUUGAUAAGAACGUGAAAGAAAAAAAGGAAAAAAAGUACUGUAAAGCUAUUUAAAAAGCGCAGCACCUUUCAGCAUGCCAUUGUGAUAGAAAAAGAAGAUGUGCUCUUAAAAAAUGCAAUUUUUAGUUGUUGUAGCUUAGAUGUAUUUGAAAAGAAGAUAAAAAAUCAUAAAUCUGUAAAUAUCUUUGGGGUUGUUCGUCCAUUCUCUUUGCUCUCUCUUUAAAGUGUUUUCUGUCUUUAUUGUAACUUCUUGACGGUCUAACAGGAGUAAAUUCAUUGUACAGUUAAAAAAAGAAAAAAGUAUAAAAAAUAUCAAAAGCAACGCAACUUUUAAACCCAUAUGCUGCUUUUCAUUGAAAGCGCUUUAGUGUGACUUUUACUGCUAUUUUGAUGGUUAACUUGUGGCCAAGAUCAUAAACUUUCAUAAACAAGCCAAUGUUUAGCUCUAGGAUAUUUUGUGCAUCUAUUAUUAUCAUAUUAUUAUUAUUAUUAUUGUUUAGAAGUAAUUGCAAAAGAAUAUAUACAACCUGUUAAUGUGAUAAACUUUUUGUGCAAAGGGUUAUUCUGUGGAUAGGCAGUGAUGUAAGCUUUUUUUUUUCUUCGCCAAUGAGCUUUUGUAUUUGUAAGUGAACUGAUAGCGCUUGAAAAUAAAGUUUCUCUCAAUCGUU